UAGCCAAACUGGCUAAUGAAAAUCGAAAACCACCAGUCCUAGUCUGUGGCUAGUUGGCUACCUUUAGUUUCGAGCCCUGAGGUCUACACAAUUCGUUUCCUUCAGCUACUAAUCGCUGUUGAAACAUUAGGGCUGGUUUUCACUAGCAACGAAGUUGGCGUUAGAGUCAUAACUGGAGCUCUCAAGAGCACCUAUGCUCUGGUGAAAACGGUGGUCUCUCUGCUCUUCUGAUUACGACUACCAUUCUGACGUAUUGACUCCAUAUAAAUAAGCUGCAAGCUCCAAAAGAAGGUGAAACAUUACCUUGUUAACGGAACUGUGACACUGGGGAAAAAAGUGACAGGUCUAAGCACUUAAGGUCAUGGGUGACAUGACGGUAAUAUAACUGUCACGUAAUGAGGAUAACAACGAUGCUCGAUUGUCAACAUCACUGAUGCAGUCAGCUGUAUGGACUUCUGAACAACGCCAGCGCUCCGGAACGGGACAAACAUUCUGUCCACGGCUAACAUUUUACAUCUAUGCCUUGAAAGGACUUAAAAAGACGCUGAAUGGCGGAGAACUGCUCAAGAUCGAACAGCUUGGGAAAACGCUGUGACAACCGUCUGCAGAAUUCGGCCUCUACUAUCUGCAAAUGACCAAAGAGAGACACGAGAGACCCCUGAAUGACGAGUAACCGGCUGAAAGGGAGGAACUUGCUUGACAGGUGUGUAUCCUUCCAUCGUCUUGCGUUUAAUUGCUAAGCCACUAUUGGACUAUUUUUUUCAUGUCUUUUCCUCAUCAGACCGAAAGAGCUUUUCAAGCUGAGCCCACGGUAUGAGACCCUGUUACCCAUCGUUGAGACCAUGCGCAAAAUAAGCGCUAAUUUUUCAACAACUGCAACAGCUAGAGGGAAACUUUCAACACAUUUAUAUCACAAGAUUAUAACACUUCUGCCGAAUUUGAAUCAAGAUGGCUGCGAAAAGCAGAGAGAGUGAAGAUUCAAGUUCUUCUGAUGGAGAUGAAGAAGGAAAGGAAACACCUCAGCCUGAUCAAACAGAAGACAAACAAGGAGUACUCUUGCAAGGCAACAACAACAGGACUCCCGAUGGUUUGGGAAAAGAUAGUCGGGUUAACAACAACGUAGCAGCUCAGCAGGCUCUGAUGGAAGCAAACAUCAUGGAGGAAGUCCUCCAAGGAUGUGUGCAGAUCAGGGCCUUCAAUGGGAAUGACUACGAGCCAUUGCCUGGUGGGACAACAUCCGGGCAAAGAAUUCAGCAGUGCACCGAGGACAACCUUCCUUUGGAACAGGAAUAACGAUAACCAGCUUGAUGAUUAUAUAGCCAUUUUUAUAUUUAUUAUACUUCUUUUUCCUAUUUAAUUUUUUUUUCCCCACUUGUCAAAGACUCUUCUAUCUUUAAAAUAAAAUUCCAUUUAAUGGUAUGUUCAUGUUCGUGCAUCCUUUGGGCGGAACAAAUAAAGUAUAGUAAAAGCUAUCAUGCUUUUUGUUGACAUGGAUGUCUAAAUCCACCAGAGUGCUCUUGCGAGGUUAAGUGACAACAGAUCAUCAUUUCCAUCAUAAACUUGAAAUAUCGCACUCCGAACACCCUUGACCACGUCUGGUUUGUCUCUUUGGUGUUUUGAUAAUUCCCUCAACUCAAAUGCAGUUUAAAAAAAAGACACAAGCAUACAAAUCAAACAAACAAAUUUAAACCAUUACUGUUUCUAACUGUUCGCAUUACACGUUUCUCUGAGGAAAAUAAUUAUGGGCGCCGGUAGAACUUGCCACACGAUAUCAUCGAAUUAGGUCGGAAUGCUAAUUAUUCUUCCUCCUCCUAAUUGAUAUCUAAGUUAAUCGUACGAUAAGCUGGUUUCACUUCCAAUUAGUUAAUAAGCGGCUAAAUUCUUGAACAGUCAACCACAAGAAUAAAAGUGGCACAAAAGUAAGGAUCCGACCUGACGAUCCAUUACACUCACAAAGCCCAAGCAAGAUUGCAACGGCAGCAUAAGCUUUAGCCCUUUUAGAGACGUUAGCAUUCCUUUGUUAUGCUAAGAAAAACAUUCAUGUCACAGGAGACACCGAGUCAUCGACGAAAAAUACCAAUUAAGUAGAUGAAUUCAAGUUCGGGGGUUUUACUGCAUAAAAAAAGCUACACUUGCAGGCCAAACUUCUACUUCGACAACAUUUUUUCUACUUGACAGGGAUUUGUCCCAGGGAAAAUUCCCGAGUGCAACAAUGGAACAACUGAAAAACCAGC